GCCAACCUAAAACCCUCUAGAUUUCCUCCGCGACCCUAACCUCACUUUGCUGAGUAUUCGCGAUGUCUCAGCAAGAAAAACCAGCGAAAAUCUCGAAAUUGCUGCGGAUCAAGGCGCAGGAGUUCCUGUCGAAUCUCAAUCGGCCGCAAUGCUUGGAGGAAAUCGUCCAACAUUUCCAUUCUGGAUCGGACACCUUGGCUUGUUUAUUGACUCUGGAAAUGGUGUUUUGCAACGUUUUAAAGGAUAAAGUUAUGCAUUUGGAGUAUGUGCCGUUUAAAUCCAUCGAUAAUACGAAUUUUCACUACAAAGAGUGGCUUCGCAAUGUGUACGAAAACUGUUUUACCAAAAUUGUCGAAUGUAUUGGACAAGAGUCCCAGAAAAUACAACUGCAAGGUUUAUCUUCUGCCAUGAACAUUUUAUCAUAUGAAGGAAAAUACCCACUCGAUAACAAAUCAAAUUUAGAGUCAUAUGUUCCCUUGCACAAACUGAGAGCCGUUUUAAUGGAAAUUAUAUCAAGUAGACAGAACAAAACUAACAUGAUUAACAAAUACACUGAAUAUUUGAUGUACGAUGACAUAUUAUUUUUCACAUGGAAAGUUCUGCCAUUUUUGACAGCCAAAUGCAAUCCAAAGGAAGUCUAUAUGGUCAAUUAUUUGCUUUUACUGGAAAAAAUGCAGACUUCAAGGAAUAUAGAGGCACAAAUUUUAUGUGGAACUGAUGCUGGUGCUUUUUUCAACUUUGACGAGGCUGUAAUAAAAAAAUCGCUUAACAAAAUAUGGCACUGCGUGAUGUUGUGGGAGCACACGCCACAAACCCACAAGCAACUUUUGAUAAUUCUACUGGAAAAAGCGCUGCCCCAUUUAGAGAAACCUCUCCUUUUAACGGACUUUUUCAUGGACUCGUUGGACGUGGGCGGUCCAGUGAGCCUUCUAGCCCUACAGGGAAUAUUCACCAUGAUCCAGGUCCACAACUUGGACUACCCGAACAUAUUCGCCAAACUGUACUCGAUGUUCGAGCCCGAGAUUUUCCACACGAAGUACAAGGCCAGGUUGUUCUACCUGUCGGAUCUUUUCUUGAGCUCCACGCAUCUACCUGAAACCCUGGUCGCUGCUUUCGCUAAGAGGUUGGCACGACUGGCGCUCGUCGCGCCAUCUGAAGACGUCAUCAUCAUCUGCCAUUUCGUGGGUAACCUGAUUCUAAGACACCCGGGUCUGAAAUGCCUGCUGAACAACGCAAACAGCGGCAUGUCGAACGAAGAUCCCUACAUAAUGGAGGAAAGGGACCCCCUGAAAUCGAACGCGAUCAGCAGCUCCCUCUGGGAGCUGCAAACUCUGCAGCAACACUGCCAGCCCAGCGUUGCCACCGCCGCGCGUUUCAUUAACGCGCCGUUGCCGAGCGUCGAGUGGGAUCUGGGCCAGAUACUUGACAACACCGGCGACGAUAUUUUCGACAAGGAGGUAAAAAAGUUCAGCAAGUUGAUCGUGUUGCAAUUCGAGAAGCCCAACGGGGGCGCUUUGAGUAGAGGAGAGAAAGUUUUGCAGUUUUGGGAUUUGUAAAGAUUUAUGGUUUUUUACUAUAAAAAACCAUAAAUGUCACUUUUGUGCACUUUUUUUAGUCUCAAGGUGCUCCCCAAGAAGUUACGCUAGUUUUGUCAUUCAUUUAACAUUCCUUUGACAAACUUCUUUUUAUAUUGUGAUUAGGUAUUACACACAUAUCUAAAAUUGUUGGUGUCAUCCAAACUGUAUUGGAUUUUUAUUAUUUUGAUUUAUUUAGUGGUAAAAUGCCUAAACUAUAUGAACAUACUAUUGCUGUGUUAUUUUAUAUAAAUAAUGUUAGGUUAGUUGUGUUAACAUAUAUAAAAACUAUGUGUUACAAAAUAAAUUGUUGCUUUUUCUAAA